AUGGCUGAAGAAGGGUCAUCAAAUUCUGAUUUGGAAUCGAAAGUAAAUGAUAAUUUCUGGCAAAUAAAAUCUGUUGAAGAGAAGACUUUAAAUCUUGAAAGGAAAAAUUUUUCGAAUGAAAAUAAAUUGAAAGAAAUUGAAAAAAAAAUUAUAAAAUUAAAUUCUGAACAUAAAAAAGAAAUUGAAGAAAUGGAACAAAAAUUCCAAAAAUUAUUUGAUACUAAAUUUAAACAAUUAAAAGAGGAAAAUGAUUUGUGUUUGAAGCAAAAGGAUGAGAGAAUUAAUUUUUUGGAAGAAGAAAUUAAAAAGAUUCAACAAACAAGUUCAGACAAUACAAAUAAAAGUAAAAUAAAAUGUGAACCCGGUGAUGAUGAUAGAAUUAAAAAUUUGGAGGAGAAAUUCCAACAAUUAAAAGCUGAAAAUGAUCGGAAAAUUAAUUCUUUGAAGGAGGUAUUUAAUUAA